UCAUGCAUGGAGCUUGGGGAAACCCAUUUAGUCCUUGCUUUGCGGGACAUUUCACCUGGCCAGGACCUGGUGCAGCGCCAGCAGAACCUGUUGCCACAGGGAUCGGAAUGGGGCGGUGCUGUUCAUGCAGGAACAAAGGUUCCCCUUUCCAAGCACGAAGGCGUUGUGCAAAGAGGAAAAGUUCAGGGAAAAGCCAAUUGCACACAUGUAUUAGCACUGAGAAGCUGCAAGCCUGACCUGCAAGCUUGGUCACUGCCUCUUCCCCAGCUCCAGGUGGAACCAUGAAGACCUGGCAUGACAUUUUUGCAGCAAAGAUUGCAGAUUUUCACUUAAAAGAGCCAUGGACUCUUCAAGAGGAUGAUACCCUGCAGGUGCAUGCCCUCAAGCCUGGCUGGAAGGAGUUUGUGCAACGCCGUGCUCCUGGGAGGUUUCAGUGCUCCCAGUGCUUUCAUGAGUGGUCUUCAGCCAAAGUGCACAUCCUGUUCCACAUGUGCCGGUGCCAGGGCUGGGGCAUGGUGUUGAUGCGGAUCUUUCGCCAGGCAUGCAGGCGGUGUCCCAACCCCCGGCUGCAGGAGCCCGAAUUCAGCCUGGAGCCUGUGGAAAUGCUUCUGCACAACCUGGUGCUAAAGAUCCUCGAGUACUUCUACCACAUUCCCAUCCAGCCCUCUGACCUCCUGGAAGUCAUGGUGGAUGUAGCGGUGGCGGGGCCACACGACAGCACCCACUGUGAGGGCUGCCAGCUUGGCGUUUGCAGCAAGUCAUGGCCGGCUCCAGCGUCAGAUGCCCGGGAGUCUCUGAUGGGUGCAAGCAAGGCCAAGACACAUCGCACCCCAAAAUGCCAGGGCAUGAGACCCGAUGCAACCCCAAGCCACCGUCCCUCUCCAAGCCACCAUCCCUCUCCAAGCCACCAUCCCUCUCCCUUUAAUAACAGUUUCCCCUGGAAACGUUGCUGCUGCUGCAUCGGCAGCUCUUUGCUCUGUGUUUUGGCAGUGCUCUUCUUCAUCCUGCUUUAUUUCACCUUUAAGUAAUGGGAGCUGGGGAUCACAAAGAGGAACUGGGGUGAUGCCUAGGGGAGCUGAUGGAGUGACUGGAAAAUUGGGUACCCAAGAUCAGCCCUUGCUCAUGGCAUGGCAGGGCUUCCCUGGCUCCUGGGGGCAUGGGGAUACAUCGGGGUACCUCAGCCAGGUACCUCAUCCCACAGCCUUGGGGAGCCUGGUGGGUCUGAUGGUUUCUUACAGGACAUAUUCUUCAUGAGGAUGACCCUCAGCUUCCCCAUGCAAAGUAUGAGUGUACUUGCAAGAAUAAAACAAGCCCUUUCUUCUCA